GGCUCUUGGGUCCGCGUGAGGCGGCUGCAGGUGGGACCGUUACCCGCGGGCAGCCGGGAGCGAGCGGGGCGGCCGGAAAGGAAGCGUGCCGGUCCACCAUGAUCCCCCUGGAGAAGCCCGGCAGCCGCGGCUCCCCCUCGGCCGCCGCCUCCGGGUCGGGCCGGGCUGGCGGGAGUCUGGGUGCGCUGCGCCGGCCGCCGCCCCCACCUCAGGCCCGCGGGCUGCUGACGGAGAUCCGCACCGCCGUGCGCACCGAGCCCUUCCAGGACGGCUACAGCCUGAGCCCGGGCCGGGAGCUGGGCAGGGGGAAAUUUGCAGUGGUGAGGAAAUGCAUAAAGAAAGAUUCUGGAAAAGAAUUUGCAGCAAAGUUCAUGAGAAAAAGAAGAAAAGGUCAAGAUUGUCGGUUGGAAAUAAUUCAUGAGAUUGCUGUUCUUGAACUAGCACAGGACAAUCCUUGGGUCAUUAAUUUACAUGAAGUCUAUGAAACACCAUCAGAAAUGAUCUUAGUUCUCGAAUAUGCUGCUGGGGGUGAAAUCUUUGACCAGUGUGUUGCAGACAGAGAAGAAGCCUUUAAAGAAAAAGAUGUUCAAAGACUCAUGAGGCAGAUAUUAGAAGGUGUCCGCUUUUUACACGCUCAUGAUGUAGUUCAUCUCGAUUUGAAGCCUCAGAAUAUUCUGCUGACAAGUGCAUCACCGCUGGGUGACAUUAAGAUAGUUGAUUUUGGUCUUUCAAGAAUAAUGAAGAACAGCGAAGAGCUCCGAGAAAUUAUGGGUACUCCUGAAUAUGUGGCUCCCGAAAUUCUUAGUUACGAUCCUAUCAGCAUGGCGACGGAUAUGUGGAGCAUUGGAGUGUUAACGUAUGUCAUGCUCACAGGAGUCUCACCUUUCUUAGGUGACAAUAAACAAGAAACAUUCCUAAACAUCUCUCAAAUGAGUUUAAGUUACUCUGAGGAAGAAUUUGAUGUCGUGUCUGAGUCUGCUAUUGACUUCAUCAAGACACUUUUAGUUAAGAAACCUGAAGAUCGAGCCACAGCCGAAGAAUGUCUAAAGCAUCCGUGGUUGACGGAGAGCAGUGUUCAAGAUCCUUCUUUCAAAGUGAAAGGGGCAUUAGAAGCAGCAAAUGCACUCCAAGAAGGUGAUGCUGUGCCUGAAAUUAAUUCAGAUACUCAGAAGCCGGAAACCGAGGAAUUAGGUGCAACAGAGGAGUUAAUUGUAUUUACUUCAUAUACUUUAGGACAAUGCAGACAGUCUGAAAAAGAGAAAAUGGAGCAAAAGGCCAUUUCCAAACGAUUUAAGUUUGAGGAACCUUUGCUACAAGAAAUUCCAGGAGAAUUUAUCUACUGAGCAGUACUUCCCUCUAAAACUUUAAAAAAGAUUUCUGCAUUGAAAACAUUAUUAUUUAUGGACUUCUGGCCACAUGGUACAUGUACUGAAAGUGGAUAAACCAGGUAUUGCUGAUAGAAACUAAAAUAACUUUGUCAAACUUGUGGAGUUAGUUAUAUCAAGACAGAUUUAUAAAGCUGCCAACCAGGAGUUUUAACGGGUAAAGUUAUCUGUGUCCAUGUUAUUUUUUUAAGAAGGGAGAUGUUUGAACCUUUUGUUUCUAAAUAUUGUUUCUCCAGAAUGAGAAUUUGUUAUGCAAAGAUAUCUGUAUUUCCUUUCUUUAAAAAUCCAAGUAAAAGUGCCAAAUUAACAUCUUUGUAAAUCUAUUUAGCAUUAUUCGUGUGCAUCUAUAUCUGCAUAUAUAUAUAUGAAUAUAUAUAGAUAUAGAUGUAGGUAUCUUUGCUAAAAUUGAUACUUUUUCACUUUGGAUUUUUUGGAGGGGGGAGUAAGCUUUUUAAUUAUGUAUCUUCCAAAUUUAGAAUAACAUCCACUAGAGUUUGAUAAUAUUUUUAUAUUUUAUUACUGCUUUAUAGGCUUGAUUUGACUUCUAUUGUCUUUGCUUUUGCCUAAUGCUUGUAACCUAUCAGUGAAAAAGCCCUGGCUCAUUUUUUUUUCUUCAGUGUCAUAAUAUAAGAGUGGUGAUGAUUUUUCACCUCAGACUAUUCUGGUUUUAAGGUCAAGGUUAAGUAACCUGAAAUGUAAACCAGUGCUGAUUUCUCAGCCCCCCACCACAGGUUACUUGUCUACUGUCUUUAAGGAGAUGGCACCCGUGCCGCCUUCUCAUGUGCUAGUCACUUGCAAGUGUCAGUGUGAUCUGAUCAACAUGGGGUUGCUUUGGUCAGUGAAAAGAUGCUAUUACAUUGUUUUUGAUAAUAAAACCCCCGAGAGGGUAAGAGAUGAAGCAUAUUCGUCCUAGCCAUUGAGCCUCUACUUCUGUGCCCUCUGACUGUACUAAGAAAUGUUAUAAAAAAACAAAAUAUUUAUAAACUUUAUUUUGUUCAUGAAAAACGUGCCAUUGGAUACUCUGUCAUCAGGGAAGAAGCCAUUCCCAGAACUUACAUGAAUAUACUCAGUAGAAUUUAAUUUGAUUAGGAUCAACACUUCAGUUGGAAGUAGGCCCCAUAGUGAGCAAUAAAUUCCUAUGAAAAAGUGGAAAUGUAAAAGUGUACUCCGUAUAACUUAAAGCAACUAAACAUCUUUCUCACACAAAAA